CUCCGAAUCUGAAUGACUUAAUGAAACAAGGUUCAGUUGAGUCGUGUUCAAUGGCGUUCACAUUCUAUUUGCACUGUCUCGUACUUCAUUCAGGCAGCCGACUGCCAUGCACUAGUGGUCUGCAUGUUCACGAACUUGGUGGUUGCAAUCUCUACGAAAAGGAGGAGUUGGUCAGCUCUUGCAUUCCGGCAUUGAGCGAUUUACGCUACAUAGUCCGAGGCUGUUGUGGCCCAAGAGGUAAGGACAAGAAGCUUGGACUAGGCUUGAAACUUUACACGGUCCAUUCACCUUGGCGACCUGAAGCCACUGCGACUGCUCAUUACCAGGAGGCGUUCGAACGGCUUCGACAAGCCCUCAACGUGUUGAAGGAGCGCCACUCCGACCCAUGGAACUGGCACGAGUACUUGGGAGACGAGCCAAUUGAUGUUCUGGAGGAGGGUGAAGAAGAGGAGGAUGCCGAGAUGCUGGCCUUGAAACCAAAGGCGCGGAAGAACAUCGACCGGCUGAAGAGCCAUUUGAUCACAGCCCACUGGACCAGCAGACGGGCGGUCGUUCAAGAGCUGAACCGGGCUGGUCACGCUGCAGACCUGGCGUACUACUACAUGUCCAUCCAUCCUGAGUUGAUGAAAGAGUGCGUCGUCAUCAUGGGCACUGCUGGGGAUAUUGAUGAGGACCUCCUCUUGGAGAGUGGGGACGGCUCUCCAGAAAAGGUUAUGGCAGCGCUCCAAGCCAAGUUGGACAUCGCCAAUGAGAAGAUCGAAACCCUUACGACGGAGGUGAAUGAUCUACGGCAUCGGCUGAUUGAGACCAACUACGAGAGCGAGGACCGUCUGCGAAAUUGGUCCAGCUGCAAGAUGCAGGCAGAGGAAGCAAUCCAGAGAUUGGACAAGCAGACAAGGACACUGAACGCAGUUCUGGAGCGUGAGGCAGAAUUACAGGAAGACUAUGAUGACCUCUUUGCUCGGCAUGUUCGUGCCUCGAAGAUGAUGAUCUACAAAGCAAGGCAAGGCCUACGAGAUCGCCUCUUCUUGCAGAACAAGAAAGAGAAUCUCUUCUAUUCCUUUCAGGGGUUUAUGUACAUCCUGCAACAGGAAAAGGAAGAACGAAUCAGACGAGAACAGGAGGAGAUGCGAGACAGUGUGGAGUUUGCACUGCGCAACGAGGUGCGAUUCUUACUGAACGAGAACCUCCGCUGCAACGAUGCGGUGAAGCUCGUGGCGACCGAAGCGAGUCGUUUGAAGUCCGACCGCCGUGCGCUGGCGAAGCGUUUGCUUUACAGGCAACGGCCAUAUGAGCGUCUGGAAUAUUUGCUCUGGAUCUGGGAGCUGUGGCAACCAUUGCGUGGUGCCUUGCGCCUUGAGAAGCAUCUGGACCAAACACAGGCAUCAUUGGCUGCGGUGAACCAGCAACUGACAUGGAGCUCUCGGCAAAUGGUGCCUUUGAUGAACUUCAUGGAUCAGCUCAGGAUGGAAGUCCUGAAGGAACAGCUGGAAGGGGAUUUGAUGCGUCGCGAGCUGGUUGCUGCCAGCGCGCGACAGUUCGCUGCACUCACAGAACGCCUACGGCUGCAGCGUUCGCAGGAGAUGGAGAUCUUGGUGCGUUUACGGGAGCUGGAGAACGAGUCGAAGGACGAGCGUAUCGCGGUCUUGGAACGCGAGAUCGCGGAGGACAAACACAUCCACGCGCUGAAGGGCAUGAUCGUUGACUUGGAGUGCAACCUACGGCGGGCUUUGGAUCGCCGGAAGCCGCGGUCCUUUGUGGUGCCACCGGGGACCGCGGGGCCAAAGUGCGUGAGCUGUGGGAGAGAGACGUCCUUCCGCGCUUGGAAACUUCCGCCCGAUGGCCUCACACGGAGCGCUUCAGAGGUGGACUUGUCUCGGAGCGAUCGCAUGGUCUCCCCAAAGGUGGAGCGAAGUCCCAGGACCCGCGCAGCCUGGAGCGACGAAGAAAAGGAAUCCAAGUUUGUGGCAGUCUGGAGAUGAGCGGCGUUGAUUUGUUUUUUUGGGUGUGGAGACAACGUGUCUCAACAUCGUUUGUUGGAUUCUUCCAG